CGCUGCGGCUCUCUUUCGUCUGUCCUACCAUUACCAGGUAUUUACCAGUGGUGUUGCUUCACGAUGAACGUGCAUCUUCCGUUGAAGAGCAAAGAGUUGAAGACACUUCACAGAUUACGAAGUCUAAAGCAUGUUCCUGCACUCGCUGCUCAUUUCGCCCACCAACAACGACAAGCGGAUAGUCAGGACCCUGAAAUCCAACGAGCGUGGUUCAAUGCCAUGAAGGAUGUGUUUGAAGAAAUCAACGAAAUUUUUUGGUGUGUUCCUUUCACCACCCCAUUCCAAUUUUUAGACGUAGGGUAAGUUCAACUUGUUUGUUUUCCUUCCUUAAAUAUACGAUCCAUUUUCAAAUCCAUUUCUCGUUUCUAUCUUUCACUUUUUCAAGUUGCUGUCCGGGCGGAUUCUCAUCUUACAUCCUUUCACGAUACCCUCUCGCGAAUGGGACUGGGAUGUCUCUUCCUGUCGAGAAAGGAGGACACAAGCUACUUCUCGAAGAAGAUUUUCAUACUCGGUUUAACCUCAUAUGGGCCGAUAUCACGUUGUUUGAACUAGGAAACCGUCUCGUUCAUAACCAUGGGCCCAACACUUUCACUGCUACUUUCCCUUUCGCUCCAGAUCACGGAGGGUUCGACUUGAUCAUCCUCGACGGUCAUCCACUGCGUACACAGGCUAUCGGAGAUUCCGAAGAUGUCCAUAUCCUAGGCGAUCGAUUGAUCAUCUCUUCUCUUAUCCUUGGGAUGUUUUGUAUCAAGAACGGAGGAACGAUCAUGAUGAAGUUGUCUAUGCCGGAUAGGAAGAUUACAGCACAGAUUAUGUAUCUGUUCGAUAUGUUAUCUGGGGAUCUCAGAACGUGGAAACCGGUCAACAUCCACGCGAUACAAUCGACGUUCUACGUCAUCGCUCGCGAUUUUGGGGGCGGAAUGAUGGCGGGGAGGUAUUGGUAUGUCUUGACUGGGUUGAGGGAUCUUUGGGAGAGGUUGGUGGUUGGGGAGCAGAAUGGGAGGUUGAGACAUGAUGACUUGGAUUUUGUGGUGGAUAGGAGAGGGUUGAAGGCGUAUUCGGGAAGGUUAGAGGAGCUUAGUAGGCAUCUUUGGGAUGUUGAAGCUCAGAGUUUGUUGCAAUGGCAUGAGGCUCGGGAGAAUGGAUUCUAAUAGGUUACUCAAUAUGGAUUUCUAGUUUUUGGUCGCUUCAUGUAAACUGUAUCUAGUUGAAUGCUUUUAUACCAU